AUGCUAACCGGGCGCCGUAAACUCAACAUUCGCAGCGCUUCCGUGCGUACUCUGGGGCCCUUCGCCGCGGCCUCUAAUACCUAUUUCCCCCUUUUCGUACACACGUGUUCUAUGGCCGCAGUCUAUUUCGUGCAAGGCAUUCUGGGACUGUCUCGCUUGGCUGUGUCAUACUUUUUCAAGGACGAGCUGCACAUCGAGCCAGCAGAGGUUGCGGUGCUGACUGGGUUGUCCAGCAUCCCCUGGAUGAUCAAGCCGCUCUACGGGUUCAUUUCGGACUCGAUACCGCUGUUCGGGUACCGUCGCCGUUCAUAUCUUGUUCUGUGCGGUCUGAUGGGCACCCUGGCAUGGAGCAUUCUGGCAUACGGCGUGCAUGACGCGCGGGGCGCCGUGGCGUGUAUGUUGCUGGCGUCCCUCGGCACGGCAGCCAGUGACGUGGUGGUGGACUCGAUUGUGGUGGAGCGUACACGGGGGCAUCACCAGUCCGUCGCGGGGUCGCUUCAGUCGUUGUGCUGGGCGUCAGCCGCCGUCGGUGGCAUCACCUCCGCCUACUUCAGCGGUUCGUUUGUCCAGGACUAUGGCACCCGCUUCGUGUUCGGGCUCACUGCGUUCUUCCCCCUGGUGGUGUCGGCUUCGUCCAUACUGAUCAACGAGAAACCCGUGGGCACGGAGAUGGCCGUGGCCGUCCCCACCACGAUUACUGCGCGGCUGUGGACACAAAGCGUCGCCCUAUGGAACGCCGUCCGGCGGAGAGACAUCCUCCUGCCCGCUACAUUCGUCUUUCUGUGGCAGGCGACCCCCUCCGCCGAAUCGGCCAUGUUCUACUACCAGACCAACGUACUGGGCUUUACUCCCGAGUUCCUGGGCCGGGUGCGGCUGGGGGGUUCAAUCGCCUCCUUGGCCGGUGUGGCAAUUUUCAACACCUGGCUCAAGAAUGUACCGCUGCGGCGCAUGCUGUGGUGGGUGAUGGUUGUGGGCACGGUGCUGAGCAGCAGCCAGCUCAUCCUCAUCUCGGGACUACACCGCCAGUGGGGCCUGUCCGAUCAGAUCUUCGUGCUGGGGGACUCGAUGGUGCUCACGGUGCUGGGCCAGAUAUCCUUCAUGCCCAUCCUGGUGCUGGCGGCAAGGAUGUGCCCGCAGGGUGUGGAGGCAACGCUUUUCGCGACGUUGAUGUCGGUACUCAACUGCGGAUCCAUUACAGGAGGGGCGCUGGGCGCGGGCCUCACCAAGCUCUACGGCGUCACCUCAGAGGACUACAGCAACCUCUUUAAACUGGUGGCCACAUGCGUAGCUCUGACCAUGGCACCCGCGCCCUUCCUGUCCCUGCUGCCUAGCGAGCUGGAUGCGGAGAAGCCGAGUACCGAGGACGACGGGACACAAGAAGGCGGGGACAAGGCGCCGGGUCUGAAGAACGCGCGUGCCGCUGGUGGGCAGGCAACGCAGGUGACGGGAGGCCAGUCAGACUGCGAUACGGAGGAGGAAGGGGCGUCGAAGAGCGCAUAA